CAGAAGCCAGCACAAAGCAGACCAGUAGGCUGAGGCAGCGCGGUAAACUUGACAUUUGAAUGCAUCUUCCCACUGGCAAAAGACGAAUCUAAUAACUCCUUGUCAAAGCCGAGAUACACACUCAACUCAGCCUCUUCGCUUCCCAAAGCUUCUCGUCAAGACAUGGAAGCUAUUGCCAAGUUUGAUUUCAUGGCCUCAGGUGAGGAUGAACUGAGCUUUCACACUGGAGAUAUUCUGAAGGUAGGUCAUGUGGGGUCCCCAGGGAAGCAGUGAGGGGCUGAGGUUCCCUGAGCCUGGCCACCAAGGCCAUCUAACAACCUAUGCCUCUGUGGCUGAAAAGGUGUGCAGACUUCUUUUUAUUUUUUCAAAACCAGAUGUGGAUGUGGGCACAUGCCCACGAUCCUAGCACUCAGGAGGUAGAGGCAGGAGGGUCAGGAGUUCCAGGCCAACCUUGGCUACUUAGUGAGUUUGAGAUACUAAGCAACCAGGAGGAGUGGCUCAAGGCGGAGCUCGGAAGCCAAGAAGGAUAUGUGCCUAAGAAUUUUAUAGAUAUCGAGUUUCCUGAGUGGUUCCACGAAGGCCUCUCACGACAUCAAGCAGAAAACUUACUCAUGGGCAAGGAAAUUGGAUUCUUCAUCAUCAGGGCCAGCCAGAGUUCCCCAGGAGACUUCUCCAUCUCUGUCAGGCAUGAAGAUGAUGUUCAGCACUUCAAAGUCAUGCGAGACACCAAGGGCAACUACUUCCUGUGGACUGAAAAGUUCCCAUCCCUAAAUAAGCUGGUGGACUACUACCGGACAACAUCCAUCUCCAAACAGAAGCAGAUCUUCCUUCGGGAUGGAACGCAAGAUCAGGGUCACCGGGGCAACAGCCUGGACAGGCGGUUCCAGGGAGGCCCUCACCCGAGUGUAACUGUAGAAGAAAUCCGACCUUCGAUGAACCGGAAGCCAUCAGACCACCUUCCUCUGGGUCCCCAGCAGUUCCACCCGCACCAGCAGCCACACCCCCAGUUCCCACCAGGGCCACAGCAUCCUCCACAGCAGCGCUAUAUGCAGCAUUUCCACCAGGACCGUCGUGGAGGCAGCCUGGACAUAAACGAUGGACACUGUGGCAUCAGCAGUGAGAUGAACGCCACCCUGAUGCACCGGAGACAUACAGACCCCGUACAACUCCAGGCGGCAGGGCGAGUGCGCUGGGCCAGGGCACUAUAUGACUUUGAGGCUCUAGAGGAGGACGAGCUGGGAUUCCGAAGCGGAGAGGUGGUUGAAGUCCUGGACAGCUCCAACCCAUCUUGGUGGACCGGCCGUCUGCACAACAAACUGGGUCUCUUCCCCGCCAACUAUGUGGCUCCCAUGAUGCGAUGAUGAGUUGUACUGGGAGGUUUGGGGGCUCUUCGUCUGAAGCUGCCUGCAAGACAGGGAGGGGCAAGUGGGGAAAGCUGAACUUUAUAACUACACACACAUGCAUACAUGUGCACGUGUGCCCCUGUGAACACAAAACAUGUAUAUGUAUGCCUGUGUCUACACACAACAUUUUAUAAUAGUAAUUUAUUGGCAGGCA